CAAAGUCAACGAGUGAGUUGUUGAUGGAAGCGGACUUGGAAAGCAACCUUUCGAUUUGUGAUUUAGUACGUUCGCAAGAAGUAACUCCAAAAUAUGCUAUAACCACUCUCAAAAAAAAACUAAACCAGGACAAUCCUCAUGUGUUAAUGUUAGGCCUUUCACUGCUCGAAGCUCUAAUGAAAAAUUGCGGCACGCCUAUACAUGAUGAAGUUCUCGGAACCGAAUUCGUAAUGGAUCUCUUGGAAUACACGCAUAUAAACGAAGAGGUUCGCACAUGCAUUUUUGGUUUUAUCCAAAACUGGGAAUUCGCCUUCAAGAAGAAUGUGGGUUAUCAUUACCUUCACGAAGCAUACAACGAAAUUAAACGAUCUGGACAUCCUCUGCCACCGUUUCACGAAAGUGAGGCGAUGUACUCUGCGGAAGUUGCGCCUGACUGGAAAGAUGGGGAUGAAUGUUUUCGCUGUAAAAGUUUGUUCACAACAUUCCGCCGAAAGCACCACUGCCGAAAUUGCGGAAAUGUUUUCUGUGGAGAAUGCACAACUGGCCGCGCCGUUAUUCCUAAAUUUGGCAUUGAAAAGGACGUGCGAGUCUGCGAUCAACAAAAAGCGCAGCACAACAAGGAGCAGAUGGAGAAAGCCGCGAGGGAGAAGGAGCUGCGGCUUCGUGAGGAGGAGGAACUUCAGCUGGCCCUCGCCCUCAGUGCCAGCGAAGCCGAGUCCAAAAAGCAAGGGAACUCCGUACCAGCAUCGUCGGUGGCGCCGGUGUCUGAAGCCACCAACGACCCGACCACGGAGGUCGAUCCAGAGCUCGCUCACUACCUCAACCGCAACUACUGGACUAACCGAGCUGCCACGGCGGACAGCGACUACUUCAUACCCGGCUUCAGCCCCAGCGCUCCUCCCCCCGUCAACCCCGACUACGAGCCGAGCAUUCCUGAUUUGCAGACCGGCCUUAAGAAGGCCCUGGCAUCUGUUGAGAUUCCGUUUGACGGAAGCGCCUUCCCCGGCGUGCCUCCAUUGACAUCCGCUAAGCAAGAGGAGUUCCUCAACGCCCUCCGCAAAAGCCUAGACGUCUUUACCAAUCGGAUGCGCGUGAGCAGCCAGCGUGGCAGGCCCAUCGCCACUGACUCAACUUUGCAAACGUUGUUUCAGACUCUGCAUCAAAUGCACCCACAGUUGCUGAAGUAUUCCACUGAUCUGGAGGCCAGAAGAUCCUACCUAGAAAAGCUACAGGAUCAGACGACCCAGGUUCGUGAGUCCCGUGAGGCACUGGACGCACUUCGAAGGGACUACGCCGAACAGAGACGACGAGAAGAGGAGGAGGCACAUCGGCAACGUCAACUGCAGAUGAUGCAGAAGGUCGAGGUUCUUCGGCAACAGAAAAGGGAUGCUAUGGAAGCGCAGCGCCGCUUAGUGAUGGAGCAGACAAUGGCCUACCAACAGCAGUACGGCCAGUACCUCUAUGGGCAACCCAGUGCAGCUGCCAUGUACGCCGGCAUGCCACCACCCCCUCCUCCUCCUAUGAUGGCCUACGGUGGUAGUACCCUGCCGCCCCCUCCCAUGGGCUACCACCAAAUGCCCGAUUAUUAUGCCGUGGCUGGUCAACCUCUGCAUGAUCCGUCGGUCCAACAACCCCCAAUUGAGCAGGAAAACCAACAACCGCCCGCCAGCAAUGAGGCCAACGGGAAUCGGCCUGUGGCAAGUCAAGAGCCCACUGACGCCUUUGAGGUUCAAGGUGCGUAG